AUGGAUGAAUACACUUUUCGCCCAGCCCGAGAGUGUGACGAAGAAGGGACGACGAAAAGCAGGUUCCGCCAAGGCCUCUUCCUGCUACAGGCCCCGACAGCCGACCCGCGGCCGACGCCUCUCAUGCUACCUGGAUAUCCGAGGUGGAUAUCGGAUGAAGCUGUCAUGCCCUUCUCCGUGCUUCUGGACGCCGCCGAUCGGACCCUUGGAGAACCAGAGAUGCGCGGAUUGGCGGUGGAGAAAUAA